UGUCAGCCAUUAAUGCCCGUCUGUGUACAUGUAAACUGCCAGUCAUUCUUGAAUUGAGGAAUUUUGAUAUCUUGAUUUGAUUAGUUUCGUACAGUGGAUCGUAGUGGGUGGGCGGGUCAGUGUGGUGAAUUUAAUUGAACUACACAGUUAAUCAAAAUAAUGGGAGCGGUACGAAUAAUUAACGACGAUCGUCAUUUCAACGGCGAGUUGACAAAUGCCGGGCAAAAACUCGUCGUCGUAGAUUUCACAGCGAGUUGGUGCGGACCUUGUCAGAGAAUCGCCCCGAUAUUCGAGCAACUGUCCCUCAAGUAUCCCAAGGCGGUGUUUCUGAAGGUGGACGUGGACAAAUGCGCGGAUACCGCCUCGAUGCAGGACGUCAGCGCGAUGCCCACCUUUAUCUUCUACCGCAAGCGUGCAAGAUUGGGCCACUGCCAAGGUGCGGAUCCAGUGGGAUUGGAAUCCAAGAUCCAGCAGUUCUAUGGCAGCGGUGAUGCCGACGACGCAGACGACUCGGUCGCAGAUUCCCUACCCGGCCAUAUGGAUUUGUCCAGUUUCAUAAUGAAACAACAGUGCGAGUGUUUAAACGAAUCGGAUUAUCACACUUUUCCUCAGUGUUUGAAUUCGGACAGUGGGUAUCUUCAGAGCGACGAGGACGAGCAGUUGAUAAUGUCCAUCGCAUUCUCGCAGCCCGUUAAGAUUCACUCACUUAAGGUCAAGGCACCCACGGAAAAUGGACCGAAAAAUAUGAAACUAUUUAUCAACCAGCCCAGAACGAUUGAUUUUGAAAUGGCAAGCUCCAAUACGAGCAUUCAAGACCUAACAUUGUCAUCUAAGGACCUUGAAGAGGGAAAUCCGAUACCUCUGCGCUAUGUCAAAUUCCAGAAUGUGCAAAAUCUUCAAAUAUUUGUGGCAGACAAUCAAAACGGCUCAGAAACAACGAGAAUCGAUCAUCUAGUCGUAAUCGGCUCACCAAUCUCGACUACGAACAUGGGAGAAUUCAAGAGAGUGUCUGGCAAGAAGGGAGAGAGCCAUUGAAUGACUUUUCUGCAACAAUUGCUUUCCAUUUACACACGAGUGAAACUGAGUCUGAAGUGAGCCGAGUAUUUUAUACUCAGAUUAAUGUCAUCACUACUUGCUUACUUUAAAAAGUUAUCCCAUGUCAAUACAGAUUCGUAACCUCACUCUGAAAUAAGUUUACGAGACUCACUAAAGUACACGAUCUCGAUCUUGUGCAGAUUAUAGGUAAAAACUCAGUUGAAUCUUACUUGUCAGAAUGCAAAAGGAACGCGCAUUCAACUGAGUUAUGACGUCAUAAGUGAGAAUUAUCUGAGAAUCGGUGUAAAUGGAAAAUGACUAUUAAUAUACCGGAUAUUACAUCAGGAAUUUCAAUUUGCCUACUAACAUUCCCCAUUGUUUUUUUUUUGGCAUGGAAGAAAAGAGGAAAAAAAACAGCUGUAACAAGACUUAAAACAA